AUGGAGCUAAAGGAUAGAAAAAAAAGAGAAGCUGAUAUAGAAGUAUUACCAAGUGUUUUAGAGAUCAAGCAAGAACUACAUGUGGACAACCAGCCAGAAAUUUUGAAUAUAAUUUCAUCUGAAUACAUAAAACAAGAGGAGUUUACAGAAACUGAUGACACAAAAGCAAAUGUAUUGUCAACAUGUGAAAACAAAAAUCAUGAUUUAUCAUCAGAAUUUACAACACAUGUAGACAACAAACCAGAUAGACUUGAUUUAUUUUCAGUUUUUGAAGAUAUAAAACCUGAUGGUUUAAAUGCAGGGCUAAGCCUAUCACUAGAGACAACUCAUACUGACAAUAUUUCUCAUAUAAAGACAGAGUUAUCAACUGAUUUAUCAGAGCUAAAGAAUAUUCAGAUAAACAACAAUGAAAAUCAAACAUCAAAUCAGGUUGAAUUAUUAAAGCAGUUUAUGGAGCUCAAGGAUAGAAAAAAAAGAGAAGCUGAUAUAGAAGUAUUACCAAGUGUUUUAGAGAUCAAGCAAGAACUACAUGUGGACAACCAGCCAUAUAUUGUCAAUAUAAUUUCAUCUGAAUACAUAAAACAAGAGGAGUUUACAGAAACUGAUGAUACAAAAGCAAUGACAGAGUUAUCAACUGAUUUAUCAGAGCUUAAGAAUAUUCAGAUAAACAACAAUGAAAAUCAAACAUCAAAUCAGGUUGAAUUAUUAAAGCAGUCUAUUCAUUCAGAAGAGUGGCUACAUGAAUGUGAUGUGUGUAAUAAAAGGUUUUCUAGAAAGGCGUACUUGAUGGAACACAUAGAAAUUCAUUCAACAGAAAAGUCUCAUGAGUGUGAUAUAUGUCACAAAAAUUUUGCUUCAAAGAGGAGUCUAAAUCAGCAUAAAUCAAUUCAUUCAGCACAAAAGUUAUAUGAGUGUGAUGUCUGUCAUAAAAAGUUUACCACCAGGGGUAACCGAAAUCUACAUAAAACAGUUCAUUCAGAUGAAAAGCUAUAUGAAUGUGAUGUGUGUCAUAAAAGGUUUUCUAGAAUGUCAUACCUAAAGGAACACAUAGCUAUUCAUUUAACAGAAAAGUCUCAUGAGUGUGAUGUAUGUCAUAAAAAAUUUGCAACUAGGUCUUACCUAAAUCAACAUGAAGCUAUUCAUUCAGGAGAGAGGCUCAAUGAAUGUGAUGUGUGUCCAGAAAAGUCACACGAGUGUGAUGUGUGCCAUAAAACAUUUACUACAAAGGGUAACCGAAAUAUACAUAAAACUAUUCAUUCAGAAGAGAAGCUACAUGAAUGUGAUGUGUGUCGUAAAAAGUUUUCUAGAAAUUUUUCUCUAAUUAAUCAUAAAGCAAUUCAUUCAGCACGAAAGUUAUAUGAGUGUGAUGUUUGUCAUAAAAAGUUUACCACCAAGGGUAACCUAGAUCGACAUAAACCAAUUCAUUCAGCACGAAAGUUAUAUGAGUGUGAUGUUUGUCAUAAAAAGUUUACCACCAAGGGUAACCUAAAUCGACAUAAAAGUAAAACAAUUCAUUCAGCACUAAAGGUCACAUGA